CACAAUUUCCACCAUUUUUUCCUUCAUCCUGUUUUCUGUCCUCCUCUUUACUUGUCCCUCCACAGUGUCCAGGCCAUCUUUCCGACUCCAGAUCCCGCUGCCCUCAAGGACCGUCGAAUGGAGAACCUGGUGGCUUAUGCCCGAAAAGUUGAGGGUGACAUGUAUGAAUCGGCUAACAGCAGAGCUGAGUAUUAUCAUUUGCUGGCAGAGAAGAUCUACAAGAUCCAGAAGGAAUUGGAAGAGAAGAGGAGGACCCGACUACAGAAGCAAGGUGUGAACAUUGGACCUGCUGGCAUGGGACAGCCCCCUACUGGGCUGCCUCCAAAUGGUCCCCUAACUGACCCGGUAAUGGUGCGACCAGCAGGACCAAAUCAGAUGAACAGAACGCAAGGCCCAGGUAAAACAUCUGUAGUUGCAGAUUAUGUUGUUUGCAGCCGCUGCAAUGCUUUCAACCCAAAACAGGUGCAGAUUGAUGACACCAUCAACAUGCGCUAUCGUGGUAGAAUGGUAUAG